AUGAAGUUCUCCGCAGCUUUGGCGGCUCUUGCCGCCCCUCUGGCACUGGCCAAGGCCGUCCACAACGUCUACCCAGCGAAGAGAGACGCCGACCUGUUCCCCCGGAAAUCAGAAGACAAGCAAUCAGAGAAGAGCCAAGGAGGUGAGGGUCAGGCACAGGCAGGACAGGCACUCGCCAGCAUGUCCGGCCCCGGACAGCAGAUCUCGGCUUCUCAGGCCCAGCUGAUCACGUUGGGUCUUUCCGGCGCGGGCAUCACCGCCAACGCCGCCACCGAGGUCAUCAUCAUCUGGGUCAACCAGGGUGCCGGAGCACCGACGAUGAACGUCAACCCUCCCCCCAUGGCCGCCCCGGCUACCGCGCAAACGCACGAGGUCGUGGUCGGUGGAGCCGCGGGCCUGCAGUUCACGCCGUCUGAGAUCAAGGCUGCCGUUGGCGACAUGGUCGUCUUCACCUUCAUGAGCGCCAACCACACUGCUACCCAGUCCGCAUUCGCCACGCCAUGCGAGGCCCUCGCCGGUGGUAUGGACUCGGGCUUCCAGCCCAACGCCAACAACUCGGUCAACCCACCACCGCAGGUUGCCAUGCAAGUCAUGGUUGACACUCCUCUCUGGUUCUACUGCAAGCAAAAGGGCCACUGCGGAAAGGGCAUGACCUUCUCCAUCAACCCCACCGCCGCUAAGACCCAGGCCAUGUUCCAGUCUAUGGCCAUUGCCCAGAACGGUACUGGAGCUGCCACCCCCAUCACCGGCGGCUCGGCCCCACCGGCCAACAGCGCUGCUCCACCAAACGCGACCGGUGGCGGUGCUGCUGCUGCUCCCGCCGAGGGUGGUUCCGCUGGUGCUGCUGCUGGUGGUUCCGCUACGACUCCCACCAUGGGCCAGGGCACGAUCCAGAACGGUGCUUGCGUCUGCGCUGUGUCCUGCUCCGUCGGCUCCUUCCCUGCCGCCCAGGCCCAAGGUCUCGGUGCUUUCGGUGGUCUGCCUGGCGCACUUCCAGCAAACAUGACGGAGGUCACGAUGAACGGCUAA